AGUGUAUAGAGUGGCCGAAAGAGGCGCGGAUCGACUAGAGAUCGCGGACGUGAGAAAACUUCCAACCCCUGUGAGAGAGUCAGUGUGAGACAAUGUCCUGAAAUGCUGUAAAAUGUCAUGAAAUGUCCCGGGACGCGUAUGUCGGGGGCACCCGGUCUCCGCGAGGCGUGAGACUACCCACUGUGGACCGUUCCCCCAGCCGGGGAGCUUACCCCGGUGGCAGUCCCCUAGGUCGGAAACCGUUGAGGCAGACGAGAUCGGGAAAUAAUUCUCCGGAGCACGGUUACGGAUACCAUCACUCUUCGCCGUAUUAUAGAGACGAGGAUUUAGGUAGUCCUAUGUUAGAGGAGAGAGGUAGGCCUAUGACUGUUGGUCCUGGACAUCAUCGCUCAAGAAGUGCUACGAGACCAUCCAAUCCAAUGUCUGUGCGAUACCAAUCAUUAGAUAGGGGACCCACAAUGGACCACGAGCGAGAAUUUUUGCCUAUUAGAGAUAGACGGGAUAGAUCUCUAGAUAGAGGGUUAUACUUCGACGAUGAACCCUAUACCUCAAGAUCCGCCCGUCAGUCACCCACCUCCCAUCAGCCUUUCAUAGGAGAACUUCAGCAUCAAAAUUCUGACCUUCAACGAGACCUCGCAAACUUAAAAAAAGAAUUGGAAUUAACCAACCAAAAAUUAGGAUCAUCUAUGCAUUCCAUUAAAACGUUUUGGAGUCCUGAAUUGAAGAAAGAGAGAGCAUUAAGGAAAGAGGAAUCUGCCAAGUACAGCCUAAUCAACGACCAGCUCAAAUUACUAAGUAGCGAGAAUCAGAAACAAGCUAUGCUAGUACGUCAAUUAGAAGAAGAAUUGCGAAUGCGGAUGAGAGGACCAAGCAUCGAAAUCCAGCAGCAAAUGGAGGCUCUAUUCCAAGAAAACGAACAUUUAACUAGGGAAAUAGCAAUAUUACGCGAUACUAUCAAAGAACUAGAGCUCCGGAUAGAGACACAAAAACAAACGCUGCAGGCACGAGAUGAAAGUAUAAAAAAAUUGUUGGAGAUGCUCCAGAACAAAGGCAUGGGUAAAGAGGAAGAGAGACAGAUGUUCCAACAAAUGCAAGCUAUGGCUCAAAAGCAGGAGUUACAAGCAGCAAACGAAACUUUGCGCACCCUUCAAACGCAGCUGGAACUAGUCCCCUCGCCCUCUAGUAGCACGGUUAAAGUGCUACUUGAUACAAAAGAUGCACGAAUCGCGACGUUAGAGCGCGAAGUCAGGCUAUUAGAGAGCGAGGUCGAGCGUUUGACACCACAAGUACCUUCCGCCGUCGUCUGCGCCAUGGCACCGCCACCGAUCAAGCGCCAACUGGACGAGUUCCGCGUCGAGAUUCAACGCAGAGACCAGGAGAUCCUCGCCAUGGGCGCCAAGAUGAAGACGCUAGAGGAACAACACCAAGACUACCAAAGGCACAUUGCGGUACUCAAAGAAUCGCUGUGUGCUAAAGAAGAACAUUACAAUAUGCUACAGACCGACGUCGAAGAACUAAGGCAGCGAUUAGAAGAAAAGAACAGGUACGCGGAGAAGAAGGCACAGCAAUUUCAACAGGAGAGAGCCAGAGCAGCAGCCGAAAUGGCCGAGAUGAGGGAGCAUAUGGACAUCAAGGAUAGGAAGAUCAAUGUUCUACAAAGAAAAGUUGAAAAUCUGGAAGAUCUUCUUAAAGAAAAAGACAAUCAAGUAGAUAUGGCGAGAGCUCGUUUGUCUGCUAUGCAAGCUCAUCAUUGCUCCUCCGAAGGUGCUUUAUCUUCACUGGAAGAAGCAAUCGGAGAUAAAGAAAAGCAGAUGAAUCAAUUGAGGGAACAAAGAGAUCGCGCAGAACAAGAAAAACAUGAAGAACGUGAACUGCACGAACGAGAAAUAGCAGAGUACAAGAUGAAACUACACGCACUUAAUAGUGAAGUUGAGAAACUUACAGCUAGAUUAGAAAGAGCACAAAAUGACAGAGAUCGCUUGGAAGCGAAGUUGGAAAGUUCUCAAUCAGAAUUGGGUAAAUCCAAGGCCGAGCUGGACAAAGCCGCCGUCGAGGUUGGAAGAAGUGGAGCAGACUGGGAGGCGGCAAGACAACGAUUAACCCGAUUGGAAUUAGAUAACGAACGUCUCAGAGGCGACCUCGAAAGAGCUCAGAGCACCACCGCAAGUAGUUCAUUUGGCAGAGUCACUUUCAGUAGCUCGCAUGAAUUAGAUAGAAUGCAAGAAAGAGCUGACAAAACAUCAUCUGAGCUUAGAAGAUGUCAAGCUGAAUUGAGAGUGACACAAGCAGAUAGCGAAAGAGCACGCCAAGAGGCUACAGCUUUACAAGAAAAACUUGAAAAGUCUCAGGGGGAAGUUUAUCGCCUCAAGGCCCGACUAGAAAAUUCUCACCAAGAGCAAGAGAGUCUUCGGGAGGAACUAGAGAGAGCACAAUCCACAACAGCGAAACUCCAUUCCGACAAGGACCGAGCAUAUGGAGAGUUGGAGAAAGCAAGAGAAGAAUUGGAGCGUACGUCGGCGACCUUGGGAAAGGCUCAACUACAACAAGACAAACUUCAGAACGCCCUAGACAAAGCACAGACAGAAGUAGACAAACUGCAAGAAAAACUAGACAAGUCACUUGGAGAGACCAGAAGGAUACAACUGGAGAAAGAAAAAGUGUCAUACGAUUUAGAGAAUAUCCAGUCGCAAUUGGACAAGGCUCUCGCCCAGUCUGCUCGUCUACAGAAAGAAAAGGAAUCAGCUCAAGCAGAGUCAGAUCGGCUGAGAGAUAAAAUAGAAAAAACCCAAAAUGCUAUAUCUAGAAUUCAGAAGGAGAGAGAUUGCUAUCAGGAUGAAUGCGAUAAAUUGAAAGAAAGAGUAGAAAUGCAAUUGACACAAAUAGCAAAGGUACAAAGAGAAAGAACAGAUAUAGAAACGGAACUUGACGUACUCAAAGACAGAUGGGAGAAGGCCCAUUCUUCACAACAAAAAUUACAAAUUGAAAGAGAUGAUGCUCUUUCAGAAAUAGAUUUACUCAAAGAAAAAUUAGAUAAAGCAAUAUAUGCAUCUCAAAAAGCAAUGGACGAACGUGAAAAUAUGCACAAAGAAUUCGAUAAAUUAUUAGAAAAAUACGAAAGAUCCCAAAGCGACUUAUACAGAGUACAGAAUAAACUUGAUACAGUAUCAGCAGAAAAAGAACGUUUCGAACUAGAAGUAGAAAAACAACAAAUACUUGUAGCUAAAAUGCGAGACGAACAACGAAAACUUCAGGAUGAAAUGCAGAGAACACAAGAAAUGUACGAUAGAGUAGCGAUGCAAUUAGGAAGAUCGAAAGAAUUGGAAGAAAAGUCCAAAGAAGAAUUGGAAAGAUUAAAUAUUGAUAUCGAAAUGGUAAGAGAUAGAUACGAAAAAGCCCAAAUUGAAAUUAGACGAGUCCAAAGCGAAAAAGAAAAAUUACACGCCGAUAAUGAAAGAUUACAAUACGAGGUUGAAAGAACUCAUGGACAACUUGCAAAAGUUCAGACGAGUUACGAAAAAUGUCAAGAAGAAUCAGCCCGAUUGCAAGUUGAAGUAGAAAAAGCACGUGAUAAACAUGACAAAUUACAAGUUGAAUUCAGAAAAAUAAUUGCUGAGUAUGAUGCCUUACGUGAAUCAACUGCACCAGGAAGAGAACGGUAUUCGAAAUACGAUAGAGAAGAGAGAUCGAGAGAUGAUAGCGAUCGAUUACGUGCCGAGAUCGACAGGUUAAGAGAACGAUUAGACAAAACACUAGGAGAGUUGGAUAGAUCCAGAAAGGAAAUAGCACAUCUAGAGAGUACGAGAGGCAAGUUCACUUAUGAACAAGAAAAAGAAAGAGGUGCGGAAAUAGAACGCCUCAAAGAAGAUCUCUCAAGGACACUAAACACGAAUCAACAAUUAGAAACGAAAUUACAUGAAGUUAGUAUACAACUAGAUCUAGCUAGACAAGAAAUUUCCAAAGUAUCAGGUGGACAAGACAAGCAACGUCUUGAAUUGGAGCGAGCAGUAAUAGAAUGCGAAAAAUUACGAGACAGAUACGAAAAACUCAAAACUCAAUCUGAAAAAUUAGAGAAAGAUAACGAAAAAUUAAGAAUGGAAGUGGCACAGGCAGAUAGACGUCAAACUCUAGCCGCAGACAAAGUUCGAAAUGAUGAACGAUUAGAAAUUGAGAAAUUGAAGGAGAAAUUAGAAAAAGCUAUCCAAGCUCGAGACGCUACCGAGCUAGAAGCUGGUAGAUUAGCUCAAGAACUUGAAAAAUCGCAACAGCACUUAGCUAAUGCCUUACAGACCAACGAGGCUACUAAGAUUGAAUUCGAAAGGAUGGCAACUGAGCUUGCAAGAAUGCACGAGCGUAUAGAAAGAGAUAAACUCGAUUGGAAGACUAUGGAACAGGAAAGGGAUGUUUUGCGAGCAGAACUACAACAAAUAAGAACUGGAUUGGAUUCGCAACGAAGGACAAUCGAUCAUAGGUCUCAAGAAACUAUAGUAAAACUGCAACAAGAAUUGGCACAAGUAUCAAGAGAAAGAGAAAAAAUGGCAGCAAUGCUCGACAAACAAGGCAGACAGGGAGAAUCUAUAGAGAAACAGAUAGUUAAAUACGAAGCUGACAUAAAACAACUAACUAUGGAAAGAGACCAACUGGUAAUGCAACUGGAAAAAUCGCAAGAUAUGUUAAUGAACUUCCAACAAGAAUUAAACCAAAGUGAAGCAGAAUUAGAAAAACAAAAAGCAGAAGUUGCAAGACUCAAGGCGGAGCAAAAGAAAAUGACUCAAGAUGUAGAAAGGGGAACCAAAGAUGUAAUAGAAAACAGAGAUAGAGAAAUAGCCAAAUUGCAACAACAAUUACAAGCAGUACAGAAAGAAAGAGAUACUCACAGACAAAGAGCAGAUAAGGCGGAAAAACUUCUUCACGAAUCGGGAGCCAGGGGUGAUUCCGAAUUGGAACAAUGGAGGAAAGUCGUACAGCAAGAAACGGAUAGAGCAGAUCAAGCCGAAAAAACAGCUCAGGAUCUACAAAAACGUAUCCAAGUUAUGGAGAAACAGUUGCAGCAACAAUUACAACAGAUGGCGCAGUAUCAGAAAGAACGAGGAAUACAACCACCACAACAAGAUGACAAGGAGUUGGCUCGAUUACGAAGAGAAUUGGAGAAAGCGCAUAACGAAGUGAAGAAUUCUACAACGGAGAAGGAAAGGUUACAAUCGCAGCUGGAGAUGUUGGUACAGGAACUGGAAAGAAAUCAGCUGGAGCUUCAAGAAGCUCAUAAAAGAGCUACAGAUGUAAGGACCCAGAAACCCAUUGAGGACCAUACCGCAGAAAAGAAACAAAUGACGGAAGAAAGAAAGGUGAUUGAGGAAGCGAAGAAACAAUUCGAGGAGCAACGAAGAAUAAUAGAAAAUAAGAGCAGACAAGUUGAAGAAAAAGAAAGAGCCUUAGCCGAAUUAGAUAAGCAAUUACAAAAACAAAAGCAGCAAUUGGACCAAUUACAAAAUUCCCUACAGAGAGCUGGAGGAAACGCUGCGGCAGUAGGUGAAUUGAAUAAGAAAUUAUCUGAAGCAGAAAAGAAAAUGGAACAAGCGCAAGAAGAAGCCAAACGAUCAGCAACCGAAAUGGAAAGAUUGCUUCAACUAGUUCAGAUGAGUCAGGAAGAACAAAAUGCGAAAGAGAAGCAGAUUUCUGAUCUUCAGCAGGCUCUCAAAAAUGCACAGGCAAAAUUGAAACAACAGCAACAACAGGCACAACAAGAGGAACAUGAAAACAGUAUCAGAGAUGUCAAUAUAGGCAGUAAUUUCAAGCAAAUGGUGUCUACACUCAAAACUCUGCAACAGAGCAAACUGGAAAACGGCGAAGAUUAUUUCAAACAACUCGAGCUUGCUCUUAAAUCUUACGAAGCUGCUCUUGAAGAAAGUGAAGCGUCAAGAAAAAAGUUGGAAACAACUUUGAAAGAACUCACUGAAUAUAAAGAGCAAACGAACGAAGUGGACGAAAAUUAUAUCAAACAAUUGGAAUCUACACUACGAUCUUACAAAGUUACUUUGGAAGAAACCAAAUACGAAAAACAAGUUCUGGAAAGUACUUUGAAGGAAAAAGAAAAUUACAUAAGAGAACUUGAACAUAAUCUCAAAAAUAGAGAGAAUAAAGAAUUAUUAUUAUCGUCGUUCGAAAAACAAAAACGAACUAUUGAGGACCAUGAUAACGAAAAAGGCGGUGAUGCGUUGGUCGAAAAAGAUGCAAGAAUAAAAGAACUCGAGUGUGCUCUUAGAGAGAGUAUUAAGAUUUCGACUGAAAGGGAAAUGGUCCUUAUUCAAGAAGAAAAGAAAAGGCAGCAAAUUAUACAAAAAGUAUACAAGCUAGAACAAAGGCUACUAUCUUUACAGUCAGCACAAGCAUUGAGGUGUCAUUCUUGUAAACCCUAUGUAUCAAGAAUGACAACUUUAGAAACAAAACUUGCUGAACUAAUAAGUGUAAGGAAAAAGAACUUGCAGGAAUUAGCUCAUAUGAAACGUGAAGCUUUACAAGCUGCAAUAAGCGAAAAAGACGCUCAUCUUGCUCUAUUAGAAAUAUCUGGAAUAAGAAGUGCCCAUCAAGCUGAAGAGGUAGAUCGUCUUCACUUAGACAAACGUCGAUUGCUCGAAAAAUUAAAAGAGGAGGUUGAAUUAAGUGUUUCAAUAGACGAAGAUUUUAACGAAGAUUAUGAGCUUCCUGUAUCUUUAAUUUCAACCGAAGAAAUCGACCAAACAUAAUCCAAAUGACGUAACAUACUUCCAGUGAUCUCAGCAAUAAGAAAAACUUGCCAGUCGGGCAAAACCUUUUAAAAAAUAGAAAUCGAGAAGCGAUGUCGAUUUUUUUUUAAAAAAAAGCACUGCCUUUUUGAAACAUAGAUAAAAGUUAUAAAAUACGAACUUUUAAUGUGUAUGUGCUAGUUCUAAUGUUGUUAACUAAUUGUUUUCUUGUCAAAUUUAGAUAAUGACAAUAAUUAUGGAAUGGGGCAUAAUUGUUAAAUAAAUAUCUAUAUAGGUUGUGUUAUAUCUUAAAUCACUUUAAAUGUACUGUUCUUCAUAAUUACAUAUCACCCAUAACUAUAUCUUUUAGUUAGAGAUAAUGAACAACUGCUUCGUAUCUCUUUUUCAUUUCAAUUUUCUCCUAGUAUGAUACUCUACUACUUUUAAUUAUUUGGAAUUUUGUUCAAUCAAUUUUUUGUUACUUCCUUUUUAUCAACUCUGCAAUAACAUAUUGUUGAAUAACAGUAAGAAAUCUUUAUUCACGUGAAUAGAUUUCACUUAUAUAGGUAUGUCAAGUUUAUUUCAAUCUUUUCAGUUUCAAAUCUAAUCUACAGGGUCUUUCUUUGUAGCUGCCGUUAUAAUACUAUACUUUAAAUCAUAUAAUUUUUUCUGUCAAAACUGUUUCAGUGGUUGUUAAUUAUGAAGAAUAGUUUUGCAUACGCUGAUUCCUCGUAUACUUAAAAAAAGUCAUUGAAACGAGCCUGUUAGUAAUAUAAUCACGUAAAAUGUGUUUAUUAGGAUUCUUGUAUAAAUUCCUAAACUUUUACAAACGUUCAUCUUGAUACAAUUUGUCUCUUCUCCAAAGGGCCCAAUUUGAUUAGUUUUCAGAUCUUAAAUUAGUGAAAAUUCCUAAUUUAUUGAACACGCUGAAGGAACAUUGACAAAAUAUAGUUAUUUAAGCAUAACUGUUUUUGUAACAGCAGCAAACUACAGUGUGUCUCAUUGUAAACGACGCCACCUCAAUAUUAGUUUCAUACAUUGUUUAGAUUAAGAAAUCUAAAUUUUCAUAUAUGAGUUAAUAACAGAAUGAAGCAGGAUCCAUCCAAAAGUCAUACAGACUAAAAACAGAGAAAGCAGUUAGAUAGGGAAAUAGGUGAAUCAAAUAUAACAAAAAAACUUGUCGUGAAACAAUCUACUAGAUUAAUGAUAAAAAAGUUAUCCUCUGCUGGGUAGCUGCUGAAAGUGGGACGAGGGCAAAGGAUUCCGAAGAGACAGAGACAGUGCUACUACUUAUGGAAUUGCUAAAAUAUUCUAAUGACACAGGAAUCAGUGCCAAACAUCAGAACAUAUGGUUAAACAGAAGUGUUUUCACGAUACCUAAAGCGAUUUGACUAAUAAAAAAUCAAAAACGGUGACAAAACGACGUUAAUUGAGGCUACACACACAGUAGAUUGCCUCAAAUAUAGCGGAAUUAGAAAGAGAAAAAGUAGAACUUUAUUCUUAGAGGGAAACUCUUGAAAAUAAGCUGUGAAAUAUGUGAGAAUGGUUAGCUGUUUAAUCAUGUUUUCUAAUUGUGAAACAUAUAGGGUACUGAACCUUGUGAACCACGAGGAUACAGGAUUGAGGUUGCCCGCUUAACUGCUCUCGCGCAGUGCUUGGAGUGAGGAAUCAUAUAAGAGCUGUUCAUCGAAUGACCAGAUAUGUUUGGGUAAAGUGUUUACAACGCUCAAAGCCACUGUGUGAUUCAUACAUUUCUAUAAGUGAAAAUUAGCGAUUGAUGGGAAGACAGUUUUGUUGCUAAAUAAAAUUAAUGUGUUACUUCAAUGUUUUUUGCAUAGUAACGAAGUGGUCUACAGAAUUUAUUUGUACUACAGGACAAUUUAUGUGUAUCUAGUGGCGGGUUGAAAAAGUUUUUUGCAAAAAAUUGAUAUACUUGUCUUACAAUAAGAACAAAAUAUCGGUUUCUAUUGAAAAUUACAUAUUUUUUUUUCAAAUUUAGUUAUUUUCCUAGCACCCAACAAUAGUAGUCUCUCAGACUCCAUCUUUCAGAUGGUGUACUCAAAGUUACCCCCUUCCGGUAAAGGGUUAAAUUAUAUUGUAUUUUUACUUUGUAUAAUGAAUUUUUAAGUACAAUAUUAUAGAAAAAGUAUAUUGCCAAGUUUUGUUUUCAAUGGAACCAGUUUGCAAGAUUCUAAACAAAUUUAUCAACAAUAUUUUUUAAGUUUCUCUCAUGUUAUUGUUAAAAGGCUAACUUUUUUUAAACAAUAAUACAUGCUAGUGUCGUAUAGAGUGAUAUGCACUCUAUUUAAUAAAAGCUGAAUCAUAUAAAUUUUACUAUCGAUUGGGUUAAGUUGAUAAAUAUUAUGCUUGUUUGAAAAUAUUAAUAAAAUGUUCGCUUAAAUUUCAAAAUGAUUAGCAAAAGAGACAUUCCUUGAUAGGUACAAACGCAUGUUAUUAAUUAUGUUGCUUACUAAAUAAAGUAUUUUGGUUUGUUAAUUCAAUGCAAAUGAACAAUUGAUUAUGGUCUUAUCCUUUCCUAACAACAAAUAUUUAUCAUCAUAAAAGCACCUGAGACUUGCACAGAAAGUGUCAUAACCCGCUAAUGAUUACCCAUGUGAUCGAAAAGUUUGAAUAAAUUUCUUUGGACUAGGCAGCAGACGUUAAAACAACUUUGAACGCAUUAGAAAUGUUAGCAAGGAUACAAUCAGAGCAAAUUAAACGUCUGGAUUCAUCAUUUGAUAAAGUUCAAGUUUGAAUUCUGUAUCAUUUGAUCAAAUUCUAUUGUGUACACUAAAAGAAAGAUACAUUCAUUGAUUGAAAUAAGUAUACACUCAUGUUAUUAAUUAGAUUUAAGUUGCUUACUAAAUACAGUAUUUUGGUUUAUUGAUUCACUGCAAAUGAACAAUCGAUUAUGGUCUUUUCAUUUACUAAAUUUUCGAUUAAGAUCUAAGGAAGUAAUCCCUAGUUGCGGAUUCACCCAGUAGUGUUGCGUUCCUUUUAGGACAAGCCUGGAGGGUCACUCCACCUUGAUGAUGCCACCAUCUGAGAACUUAUCAGCUAAACCACGUCGGCCGUUUUCUACCCAUGAUUCCUGGCUACUCGUGAAGGUGAUGAUUUAUUCGUUAUAGAUUUCCUCAAUACUUACUAAUUAUUUUUUAUUCUCUUUUUAGUUUUCUUAUAGAUUUACUAUACAAUCCAUUAAUAGACUUAGUCUUGCUCUUUCAUCCUGGAAUCUCAGACAGUAAGUUCUGCGUCUUCUCUUUCGUACCUACAAUAUUGCCUAUGCGUUUCAAGUAUACUCCUAAUUUUCAGUGGACUGUGAGGAACUAACUAAUAUAGUAACCUGUCCUUCUAAAGCUACAGUUUCCCUUCACACUUGCAAAAUUUUCUUCUAUUCAUUUUUUAUCACCAUUCUUAUCGCUUUUCGCACUUCGGAAAGGUGUCCCUACAUGUUUUUAUACAGCAGCUUUAUUUCCUCGAUCAGCAUUUUCCUUUGCACGCUCACCAUUCUCUGUUCAUCUUUAUCUCUCCAAUCUCAUCACUCCUUACCAUUCAGGCGCCCCAUAAAACAGAUUCGAGUGAACAACGCUUAACAAUAUCUGUCUUUUCCUCUGCUGUUAACCUAGUCUAACAUAACCUAACCUAACCAAUUUACUAUAAUCUGAUUAACGUCGGCAAGCGUGGUUUAGCUUAGGUUAGGUUAGGUUGGGUUAGGUUAGGCUAAGUUAGUUUAGGUUAGGUAGUGGCUAAUAUUUUAUUUCAAUAUUAAUUCAUAUAUUUCGUGUAGCAACUCUCCCAAAAUAGCUACAGAAGAUUUUGGCAAAUAUUAAACGCUCAGAACGCGUUUUGGCUUUUUUAUAACUGCCGCACGAUGCGUUGUGCAUGUUCUGAAAGAUCCACAACGAGUGAUACUGCUUGAAACGGUCUUGGGACAUAACACAUACACCUCUGGGUUGUUCAUAAAUUAUUUUAUUUGAUAUAUGUUGUCAAAAUAAGCUUGUUUUAUUUUCUUCAUAACCAUCCCUUUUGUAUCAUCUAGCUACUAUGUUUAAAUACAAAAUCAUGUCUUUUUCUCGUUGUAUGUCAAAAGGAACAAAUCAUUAAUUAAGUAUCGACAGUCAGUGUAUUCUAAUCACCUUUAUCACGUAUUAACCCAGUACAAAAUAUCGCAUGGACAAAUUGUUUUAUCAAGAGCGCACAUCGUAUUUUCUCUAUUUAAGAUUUAUCGUUUUUUCCACAAUCGUAUUAUCACAUUUAAAAUAUAAGCGGCUAUCAUUUUUGUAACUUAAUAUGGUUAGCAAUUGUAACAUAACAGUAUCAUUAAGGGCCGCAAACAUUGUAAUAUUUAUUAUUGCGUAGGUAUGUUGUGUGAAUAUUCUAUUAUACAGGAUGAGAUUAAUUAAAUGUUACCGAAUUUCAAUCUUAUCAAUUCAUAAAAUGUAUUUAUUGCAACUACAAUCCCUUUCUUUUCUUGUGAUUACAUUAACAAAAUUAAUGUUAUGCCCAAUAGCUUCAAUUGUUCAUUGAUCAUUUUCUUUAUCCUAUGUUUUUAUAGCAAGUCCCAAAAUUUUGGAAACAUUUAAUUGCAUUCAUCCCUUUAGCCAGGCGCAACUUUUAACGUACAGUACUAAAAAAAUAUCAUGCGCACUUGAAGAAAAAACAUUCCACAAACUAUUUCAUAUCAAUCGUAUGAGUUGCACCUGGAUUUAAAAUUAACGCCUAUUUUGUAAAAAGCCCAUAAUUAAGAUUAAAUUUAAUAUAAAAGAUUUCUAUUCAUAUGAAUGUAGGAUGUUUUAUAGAUAAUGUGAACAUAUUGGAACACAAAAUUUCAAUUAUAAACCGACACAUUUUAAAUAACUUCAAAAUUUAUAAAACUAUGAUCACACUUUUGACUUUAAUUAUAUAUUUUUUGAAUUAUUCAUCAGAUCAAAAAAUAUGCUAUUUGGAAUAAAAAAAUAUCCUUUGAUGUGAAUAUGAAUUUAUGAGAACUUUUUUCGACUUUCUGUAUUUAACAUAGUGAAUUUGUCGCAUUAAGCAAACUUAUUAAUUAUAAGCAUAACUACGGUUAUUGACAAUUGACAACACUCUCCUUCUUUUUAUCUCAUCACAUAAAUGUUUUACCCGAUUUAGGUUAGGGCUGACCACUCCAUAACCUGAAUGCCGGCUUCUGCAAUAUAAUCUUGCACAAUUCUGGUGGUGUGCGGCUUUGAAUUGUCAUGUAUAAGGUUGAGUCAGUCGGCGUAAGGUACGAAUGAAUACAGGAUCGGUUCGUGCCCCCUCUCUUGGUCUUCGGUACACUUUCCUUCUUUGGUCGCUAUCAUGGAGGCAUAUUCUGGUCACAUCUAACUAGUGACUAAUAGUCACUCCUUGUCGUUGCACUUGAACUGCAUUGAAGUGACGAGUGACGCCUUCUGUCUAAUCCAUGUCGCCUAUGGAAGGAUCCAGUCUCCUCAUAACCUUGGAACACUCUUCGACCCGCUACGCGGGUCAUAUCCAAUUAUCUAGCAACAGCCCCCUGACUUAAGUUCAUUUUCAAUUGAGGCAAUAAAUUGGGCGGCUUUUUGUGAUGGAGUAUAUAUUAAAUUAACAUACUUAAAUACAAUUGAGAUUAUAAACAUAUGCAAAUUUCUAAUGCAAACGCAAUAAUUAUAAUAUAUGACAAAUUUGUUAUUUUCGUUACAAUUACCACAUAAACACGUUUCAUUUAUUAACCGUUUGCUACGCAUAUAAUCGAUAAGCCUUGCUGAUAAAUUUAUGCUCCCUUCGAAGCAGAUUAAAUUUUCUUUCAUAUAGCUUAUUUCUUUUUUUGAUAAAAACAUAUAUAGUUACAAUCAAAAGUUUACAGCGGGUCUAUGCACUGAAGUUAAAAAUAUUCUGUGUUGAUAUGUUUAAUAUGAGUUUCGCAACUUCUUUUCUAUUUAAAUAUACUUAAUAAGACUUGUUUUUAUUCCAAAUUCAUCUCAGAGGAGGUAGCUACUCACAUAGGUACAUUAUUUUUCAACGGAGCUUCACAAUAUAAUGAAAUUUAUUAAUUUUAAGACUACUUGCAAUGUGAUCAUAUAAAUCAUUGAAGAAUUGCAGCAAUACAUUCUCUUAUAAUUUGUAAUUACACUGCACCCUAAAAUAUCCUUUUUUUAAAUAUAAGUCAUUUUCCACUUAGUAUGUUUGAUUUGCAACUAAUUUGUAGAAUAAAUAUUAUAUUAAAAACUUCACCACUCAGUAUUUCUGGAACCAUUGAUGAAACACAGUGCUUACUACAUCUCCAUUAACACUCACAAAACUAGAACACUUAGUAAUAGUAAGCAGUGAGUUUUUAAAAACACCUAUUUUCUAUAAACUUGACAAUUUAAAAAAAAACAGUCCUAUUCUAUUUGAACUUCAAUAUGUUUUGUUAGUUAUCGAACAUCCUAUAUAGGUACAUCAAAGAUGUUUAAUCAAUUGGACGAUUUCCAAAUGCCUUGUAUAUCAAUUUAUUUAUUCAUUAUUCAUAUCAUAGGCCGAGCGACACUGCCAUCUCGUGCCAUUAUCAUAAGAGUAUAUGAGCGUUGUUGAGUUCAAUCAGCCUUUUGCUCCAAGGUCAAGCAAAAAUCACAGAAUAUAUUUGUUCAUUCCUACACAUAAGUAUCUCUAGUAAGGUCGAAUUUUCAAAAAACUAACAUCAUAACAUGUUCCGCAGAAUACAAUGUGAUUCGAAAAUAUAGCAAUUAAAAAUGAAAUUAGUAAGUUGAAUACUUGAAAACGACAUUGGCGAAGAGAUCCGAAUUAUCUAUAAUAAAAUUUAUAUAAUUAGUCUAAACAUUUUGUACAUCAUUUCUAUGCAUGAUAUUUGAUGUAUUAUUCCAAAUACCUCAUCAAUGAUUAAGCCCCCUUAUGGAGUCGUCGCGAUGUAGUGGAGUUUACCUCGUAACCAAAGACAGUAUAUUAUAGGGUCUAAUAAAGGCUCUCAACCUUGACGCUCGAAUCCGCCUUAAAAUUUUAGGUCCUUUCUUUAUGUGGCAAAGCUCAACUCACACAUAGGACUUAGUCUCUAUUAAAGACUAGACACAAAAAGAAGAAGUUAUUAAACCAAUGAAUGAUGCAGAAAUGAAAAAAGAAAUAUUUAUUAUUAUUAUUAUUAUUUAAACUAUCAUAUGUAUCUCAUAAUAAUUAUUUUUACAUCGUUUUAUAGUAGUUUCGUGAUGCUCCAGAGCUCCGUAACAUGUCUGUCACUCCUAGGGGUGUGUCGACGGGGAACGGCCGCAUCCGGACCCGUCUCCAAACCCAAAAAAUAUAAUAAUGUUCUAUAACAAUAAUUCAUAUCUUCUAAUAUAUAAAUUCUAAUCAUAUAAAUAAUUUUCAGCUUAAUAAUUUCGUAGAAAAUCUACUUUUGUUAAGCUGCAGGUAUCACCUUCUGAAAAGCCGAAGCAGCACCAUUUACAAAAAUUAUUUCGCCCCGAAGCAAAUUUAUGGGCACGUCACUUUCUCUACUUCCGUCAUUUCCCUUUGUAGGUACUGAGAAGUUGUUUAUUAGAAACAAGUAGGAGAAAAUCCAACGCAUGCAAAUGACAUAAUAAAUAAUCAAAAAAUUUUCUCGAACCUGAUUAUUUUGAAUAGAUAUGUAAAAAGCAGCAAUAACUGGAAGUAACGUCAUGAAUAAACGAAGUUUUGGAUCGCACUAAUCUGCCAUUGAUCCAGAUAAUUGAGAAGAAUCUCUGCCCCAAAGGAAUUUCAGCGAACUUUCUAAAAUUUCAUUUCCCUGUACUGAUAAUAAUGACAACAACGUUUGAUAUUCUGGUAUCAUCUAAAUAAGAGUAUCAAUUAUUUUCUGUGAUUUUUUCUUAAAAGGCUUCUUUGGUGUCCAUUAUAUGGUUGGAUUAUGAUCGUUAAGAAGUAGAUGUAGUAGAAGGAGAUUUGGAUUUUUACUCUAUGUAUUUAUUUCAGAAAAUAGACCGGGCGAAAAAAGAAUAUUUUGCGAAAUUCAAACUACUUUUAUAACAACUUAUCCAAACAUCACUGGUUGUAUUAGUAAGGAUCUUCUAGAUUUAUUAGUAAAGAUAAUAUAGAAAACAAUACAUUGUAACUCUUGUUAUAUAAUUACAGGGUGCUUCUAAAUUCAUGCGACAAAAUUCAGGAGGUGAUUGCUUGUUUCAAAUUAAGAUGGGUCUUUUCUAUAACAAAACUUCCUCAGCCCAACCCUUUCAGGAGUAUCACACUUAAAAAGUGGUGACUAGAAUUGAGUUUUUAUUUCUUUUUCUGAAAUUUCAAGCUAGAAACUUUAAAUUCUGUAAUUUUCGUGUACUCGCAAUAGACUAAUUGCGGGUAUGGAUGUAGCAAAUCUUAAUUUAAGUAUUUAUUAUGAAUCGUAUAACAUUUUUCAUCUUCAUUGUUUUCCAUUCAAUUUAUUAAGAAAAUUAUUAAUCAUGGAGUUUAUUUUUGUUCCCUGCAGCUAUUGGUUUUGGGAAAAAAGUUUAACAAUACAAAAUAUUUUUAAUUAAAACAAGGAUUUCAUGUUAUAAUUUCAUUUCAUAAAACUUAAUCUUGAUACAAAGUUUGAUAUGAAAUAAAGUAAGGAUUGCUAAUUUCACCCCCGUAUAAUGUUACAGGAAUAUUGAAAACAUAUCCCGGAAAGAGGUGGGCUUAGGAAAUUUUGUUAUAGGAAAGUCCCAUCUUAAUCAUACGAGCAAUAACCUCCUGAAUUUUGUCGCAACUAUUUGAAUUGAUGUUAUAAAAUUUGGAUGCUUAUGAUCAUAACAACUGAUUAAUUAUAUUUUCCGUAUUGAAUUGUCUUGAUUUUAGGCAUCUUUUCAUUCAAAACCAGUUUGAAGAAGUAAAAAUUAGAAGUUUCGAUCUCUUUCGGUCUUUAUUAAAACAUGACUUAUCGAAGUAAGUCGAAACGUCAAAUGUUUUCUUCUUUAACCUGUUUUUAUAUGAAGAGACCUAAAAUUAAGAUAAAUAAUCUCGAAAAACAUAUAAAAAGGUUCAAGAAGUGAGAAGUUAAAGAAAAUAAAAAAAAAUUUAGAUGAGGAAAACAUAAUCUUUUGUCUAAAGGCGCAUUCCCACUCGCAACAACAACUCUAGCCGAACGAUGCGCUGGUUCAAACAGCGCCGUGAUUAAGAGUUUUUUUUUAGAAUACUUCAAGGAGAUAUAUACAGCCUCGUGAACAGUGUAGUGAACGUAAAUCCGAUUUUCUUAUCAAUUAUUAUUAUUAUUAUUAUUAUGUAAAACGUUGCUUCUUAAUUUUUAUUAGUAAGCCGACGUGAAAACUCGCUAUGGUCGCAUCAAUAAAAAGAAAAACGCAAAAACAGAUGAAUGAGAUAGUGUUAGUAACUAUCUAUUCCCAAAGACUUAUUAAUGGCAGAAAUUGGUUACAAAAAUUUCAAUAUUAUCGAAUUAUUCAUAAUUAAGUUGGAGUAUUUCAUUUAUCCAAUUUCCAAAUAACUUACAAAAUGGAGAAGGUCAAUUUCUGUCCAAGAAAGGCUAACACAACAAAACUCGAAUUUUGUACCUCGGAAGCUUUAAUAAUAAGUUUUUUUACCAAUACAUCUUAAUUAACUGCGAAAUUACCUUCUGUAACCAGUCUAUAUAUAAGUAGAGUAUGAACAACAAUUCAUAAAUGAAAACAAAACCGUUAUUUCUGCAUGAGAUGCAAACCAAACUAAUUAUUUUCUUCAAACGAAGAGAAGAAACUACCUACAAUACUAUCAUAUAUUCGUCUCCACUUGCAACAAAACAGUACACGAUAUUUCCUUUGAAUUAAUUGUUCAAAUACGACUACCAAUGUAACGAGGUAGAUCAAAACAGUGCACGCAACAUUUACUUUGAAGAAACUGUACAAAACCGACCACCAAUGGAACGAGGUGGAACAAAACAAUGCACGUAACGUUUACUUUGAAGUAACUGUACAAAACCGACCACCAAUGGAACGAGGUGGAAUAAAACAGUACACGCAACAUUUCUUUGAAAUAACUGUACAAAACCGACCACCAAUGGAACGAGGUGGAAUAAAACAGUGCACGCAACAUAUACUUUGAAGAAACUGUACAAAACCGACCACCAAUGGAACGAGGUGGAAUAAAACAGUGCACGCAACAUUUACUUUGAAGUAACUGUACAAAACCGACUACCAAUGAAACGAGGUAAUACAAAACAGUGUACGCAACAUUUCCUUUGAAAUAACUGUACAAAACCGACCAUCAAUGGAACGAGGUGGAACAAAACAAUGCACGCAACAUUUACUUUGAAUUGACUGUACAAAGCCGACUACCAAUGGAACAGGUUAUGUUCCGCAAUGUUUGCGGUUUUCUUUCUUUUCUAGAAUUCAUUUCUUCACGGUCAUUAUGACGUUAAUUUUACGGCUUUGUGACAAGUGGAGACGCGUCUUAAUAGAUAGCUUUCGUGCCUAAAAUUACAAGCAAUUUUUAAAUGUUCUUGGUAGAAACACUUGAAUUUUUGUUUAAAAUAAGCUGACCCGGCAAACUUCGUACUGUUUUAAUCGAUAAAUAAAAGACUUAAACUUCUAUAUCAAAUACCUUUGAAACAAACAAAAGUAAUCCAAAUAAAGAAAUGCUCGGUAUGAAUAAAGUUUUAUUAUUAUUUUUGAUUAAUUACACAUGAUGUUGCUCACUUACAAAACAGAGUUUUCCUGGAAUUUUUGCUAUUUAUAAGGUUUCAAUUUGAUACUGACAGGCACACACAGUUAUGAUACAGACUGUUAAAUUUAAAGCUUUCUGAUAAAAUAUAUUUUUUGUUUUGUUUUGUGUGAAUAAACAAGGACGCGCGAGUACCCGACUUAUAAUUGUCCAUGCGCAAAACUCCGAUUUUAUUCCGCAAACUUCUAAUGACAGGCCUUGCGAUUUAUUUAUGCUUAUCGCAAAAGCCAGACGUACUGGAAAUUGUAAACGUGUAAAAUCGAAUGGUAAUGGAAUCAUCGGUAUAUGACGACCUGAGUCUUCUCCUCGGCAUCGUGAAUUGUAAUUAAUCAAAGUUUUUGCGCAAUUAGCAGUAAAGAGUCACCAUCACCAAA